AUGCAGAAGUUCUCUCCAUGUAGCCAACGGGCGAUCGGCAUCUCUCUCGAGUCGCGUGCUCCACUCUGUUUUGAUUCUCUGGCCGAAACACAAUCUGGCUUUUGCGGAAAUCUUCGCGUCGAUGUUGGGGAGACCUGCGAUGUCGGUGGUGGGGGCAGUAAAAACGACCGGGAGAUUGAAGUUGAGUCGGGUGAGCCGGGUGACGGCGAUCCUUGUUGUUCUUCCCACUGUCAACUGCGACCCGGUGCCCAGUGCUCUCCGCUCAAUCACGAAUGCUGUACUAAAGCCAAUUCCUUCCUGUUUUUCCAUCUCAUGACUCCCGUAUUCCCAUUUUUGGGGAACUUCUAUCCAUUUUACUAUAUUCAACUAAUUUUGAUCGUUGCCUCUAAACAAGAGGCAGGCCUGAGCUUUGACUGGCUUCUUCAAUAA